ACAUUAGCCGAGCCCAACGCAUGACAUGAUCGACCAUUAACCGGUCACGAAGACUGACUCGAUACAGAGCGACAGCGUUUUUAUGCCUAUAUUUAAUGCAUAUUAAUUAGCAAUUGCUAAUUGCUAAGUGCUAAUUUUCAACGUGCUGCUGUGUUUAGUGUCAGUCAGAGUCUCGAAGACCCAAAGAGCCAAACAAGCAAAGAACUUUAACUUUGCUUUCAAUUCUCUUUUUCCUGAUAUGUUCUAUUACUCAGACUUGAUUUUUUAAUUGAAGGGUUAAAAAUAUUUUAAGGGUUCCUUUUUCUUUUUUUUUUUUCUUUUUUCUUUUCAGUUAAAUUCUCCAAUUAUUAGGUUGGAUAGAAUGGGAGGCAAGAGGAGAAAUUCCCGUAGUUCAGGUCGAGUUUAUGAUGAAGAUGAAGCGAAUGACUUUGUGUAUGAUGUGAGGUUGGCUAGGAGAUGGAAGAGAAGGUGCAUUGCUAAUCAAGAUUUCAACCUUAAUUCUUGUGGUAAAAAUAGGUUUAAUAAAAGUGAAGCUAAUUGUGAUGAGGCUCCUACUGGAAUCCCGGAAAGUAACCCUGUUAAGAUUGAUGUCGACGUUGUUGAUACUGAUGUGGAUUCUGAUUACAGAACGUAUUUGGAUAGCAUAGAUUUAGAAGCAAUUGAUGAUAUUGAUGCUGUUGACCAUAGGAAUGUCGAUAAUGGUGGUGACACUGGAGGUGAUUUGGCUCUAGUGGUGAAUGAUGAUACUCAUCACAAUGAUGCUAUUGAUGAUACGGAUCAUCAGUAUGGAAGUAAGAAUGUCAGAAUUGAUAUUAACAAGGAAGGGGAUCAUGUGGAUGCCAGUUAUGAGAAAUGGUUUGUUUUAGAAGCAUUAUUAGCUAGGAAUGUUGGCAAAUGUGUGUCUGCGGAUACUGGUGACACUGGAGGUGAUAGGGUGGUAGAGAAUGUGACGGUGAAUGAUAAUGCUCAUAAAAAUGAUGCUUCUGAUAAUGCUCGCAAUAAUGAUGCUUCUGAUAAUGCAGAUCCUCAGUAUGAGGCAAUCCAUGAACAUGACAUUGAUGAAAACAAAGAACAAUUUGUGGAUUCUGAUUAUGAGAAGUUUCUUGCUUUAAAACCAUUUGUUCAUUGUGGCGUUGAUAGAAAUAGUUUUUUCAAUAAUCAUAGUGAUGUCAAUACUGCUAAUGGAUCUGUAAAGAUUGUUUCUAGUGGGGAUGAACUGGUAGAGAACACGUCUGCAAAUGAUAUCGACAAUAAUAGUAAUUCCAAUGCUUUAGGUGAUAUGGAGCCUCAGUCUAGGAAAGCCCCUAAAAGCAACAUUUUUAAUUCUAGUGAUGAUAAAAUGGAUGUGGAUAAUGAGAAGUUUAUCGAUGGCUCUGCUUUAGGACCAUCUGGUGAUGCUGCUGUCAAUGCUGUUAAUGGAUCUCUAGAGACUGGUAAUAGUGGGGAUAAAUUGGUAGAGAAUGAGAGUGCAAAUGGUCAUAUCAACAAUAAUAAUGUUAAUGCUUUAAGUGAUAUGGAUCCUCAGAAUAAUAAAAUACCUGAAAGCAACAAUGUUAAACCGCAUGAUGACAAACUAGAUGUGGAUAAUGAGAAGUUGUUUGAUGGCUCUGCUUUAGGACCAUUGGGUGAUAGUGAUGUUUGCUAUGAUUGGUUUGCAGACAACAUUUCUGUUGAUCUUGAUGGUCUUACUCAAACGGCUGAGAAUAAUACUCGUGGAAUUUGGUCUACAGAGAAUGCUGCUGUUGCUGGAGGGUCAGUAGAAACUAGAUUUGCCAGCAAUGAUGCUGAUCACAAUGAUGAUUUGGAUGAUCUUCAGUAUAAGAUGUUUCUGAAAAACUUGAGGGAAGAAGGAAAAUCAUAUGUCCUUGAGGUUCCUGUGAUUGAUGGAAUUUCUGAAAUUAUCAAAUAUGAAACGGAUGAUGGAUCACAUGACAGGUUUAAAGCAGAAAAUCCCAAUAGAACAAGGCGUAGUCGAGAAGCUGCAGUUUGGAGCAAGCAUGAUUACAAACAUGAGAUGGAAUUUGAUAUUGUGGAUGAUAGCUACAAAAUUUUUCUGAAGUCUCUGAAGAAAGAGGGGAAGCAUGUGGUAUUUACACCUGAAAGUGGUGCAAAGGUGGUAUAUGAUGAGGACGAGGGGAGUUCAUCUGAUUCUGAAGUAAUUGUGAUGGACUCCGAUCCAUUUGCUGAUAAAGGUUAUACACCUUUUGUGACUUCAAGAUCAAAAGUAUGUGAUGUACUGGAGGAAGAGGACAGCCAGCGGAUUAAGGGUUUUCCUGGAAAUGAUUGUUCUUGGUUUAGGGAGAGGGUCAUGAAAAUCCUUAGAAAUCCAUAUGACCAAAAGGAGUAUGAUAAACUGCUGAAUGAAGUAUACCGUCAUGCACCAGUGACAGUUGAUAGAGACUUGCGUAAUGGACGGAGCAGACGAUGUUCAGCAAGUACAAUUAGAAAAUCAUAUAUUGAUUUGCAUAAAGAUCUUGAUAGAAAGAUCAAAUCAGCUGGAUGUAAUAAACCUAAAGUCUUAAAUCUCUUGCGGGGAUUUUUCUAUUGGUUACAAAAUGUGGCACAUGAUGGGGUGUUUAAGCCUUGGAUGGACUCAUCAUGCUUGGAAAUUUUGCCAUGUGGAGAUUUUGUAUCUAAUACACAUCAUAGAAUCUGAUGAUCGUAAAUAUAAUCUAGGGAAUAUUCCGGCAGAUACAAGAUUGUGUUUGAACUAUUGGCAUCAGGUGUAAAAGGUGUCACCGCAGAAGAGCUAAAUUUUGUUGCUGAAGCUGCAUGAUGCAACUUUUUGAAUGUUGGGGAAGAGGCCGUUUAGAGAAACUGUAUCUAACCAGAUCAUAUCACAACCAUAUCUUUGUCUAUAUUUUGUCAGCCAUGUUAUCUGAAUCUUGCUCAUUGUGCAUCUUGAAGCUCAUCAUCGUUAUUAAACAUAAUGCGUGGCUUCCCCAUGCUGAAGUUCAA